AUGCCCAAUGACCUUCUGUCAAAAGUCGAAUAUCAGUGCGCACUUGAAAACCCACGAGACGAAGGAACUAAGAGCGCGUUGGAUUUGCAAGUUACUAGAUUGUGCCAUACCCUUGCCCUUGACGCGUUGCACGAGAGGCUUGUUGCCAUCGAGGACGCAAGCAUGAUAUCGGAGGAAGAAAGGAACAUAGCGAGGUACAUUGUCGAGGUGCACAACUUUGCCAACAAAGGCAUCAAGGGCCGCGGCGUGGGUCGCGUGGUCAGUCGUCUGCUGCCGUGUCCUUCCACCGCCGCAAACUUCAGCGGCACUGGCCCCGCUGAUGGCACCCGACUUGUCCCGGGUGACGCGAUGCCACUUCUGGCACGUGGACUUCCGGCUUAA